GGCUGUCUACCACACCACACCACACCACACCACACCAGUCAUUGAUCCACAGUUGACUUAGUAAUUUUCAAUAUUUGUGAGAAAUCAAUUACGAAGAUAUUGAUGAGAGAGAAACCAUGGGAGCUGAUGUGCCGAUUUCAAUUUUAUUAGAGAAAUUAAACAAGUUGAAAGAGGUAGUCCAGGAAAGAUUUAUCUAUCCAAGACUGAGAAAUCAUGUACAUGAUGCCAUCAACGAACUACAACGCAUUCGGAAGGAACUUGAAGAAGCAGGGGAUACCAGUACCCUUCUUCGCUCUGUUUACUCUUCAGAUGAUACCAGUACCCUUCUUCGCUCUGUUUACUCUGCUGAAUUGUUGAUCGAAACUUUCCUCCUCAACACACCAAUUCAUUGCCGACGGGAUGAUCUCAAAAAUCUUACCAAAAACCCGCCAUUAAUGGCAUUUCUUCCAAUUCCACCAUGGACCCAAUUACGGUUCAGCUCCAAAUUGAAAAAUUUCGUGAAGAGCUUAAAAGCUGUACGUAGUGAAUCGCGGCCUCGCAGAGACCAUUCGGCAAUCAAUCACAAAACCCAUGAAUUUGAAGAUGAUGAUGAUGAACUUGUUGGAUUUGGAGAUGUAGCAGAGAAUAAUCUGGUAGAUCGACUGAUCAACGACGACGAGAAAAGCCUCCGCGUGAUUUCUCUGGUCAGCGAAAAGGCUGUGGGCAAGACAGCUCUGGCAAGGAAGGUUUAUAACAGACUCGACGUUCGGCAGUCUUUCGAGUGCCGUGUUUGGCUCCAUGUUCCCAAAAAUAUUAAAUGCAAGGAUCUGUUGAUUGUCUUACUCAAACAGAUUCCGAUGGGGGUGUUGAAGGGGGUAGAAUUCAUGAGCGAGGGCGAGCUGUCUGCUCUGCUUUUCCAGACUUUAAUGGAGCUCAGGUUUCUAAUAGUCUUGGAUGAUGUCUCCUCGUUUGAUGUCUGGCUCAUGUUAGCAUGUCCCUUUGCAGACGCCGCCAAUGGUAGCAGAGUCAUCCUCACUACUCGCGACUCUAAGAUAGCCUCGGAUGUUGAUCCGUGGAGUCGCCCACCGCUGGAACUCAAGCCCUUCACUGAUGAGCUGAGUUGGGAAUUGUUCUCGAACAAGUUUCGUGUAGGCAGACAUGACACAGAUACACACCACCAGUUAAACAGUAACAAGGUAAAAAUUCUGAAAAUAUGCAGCGGUUUGCCUCCAGCAAUUGUCCUGCUUGGACGAUUGUUGUCAACUAUACAACCUAAUGAGUUGGUCUGUGUAAUUGAUAGUCUUUUAAUCGACUUGGACAAACUUGAUCAAUCACCUCUCUCAAAUAUUAUAGCUUUAUGUUUUCGUGAGCUACGGUCUAAGUUGAAGCUAUGUUUUCUUUACUUGGCUCUCUUUCCUAAAGAGUAUGAGAUCUCCGUGCGGAGGCUGUUGCAGUUGUGGAUUGCAGAGGGUUUUGUGAAAAUGUCAAGUACCCAACAACCUGAAGAUAUAGCCGGUAAAUAUUUGAAAGAACUCGUGCACAGAAACAUGAUUGAAAUAGCAACAAGGAAGGAAGACGGAAGGCAUAAAACAUGCCGAAUGCCAAGCUUUCUUCAUGAUUUCUUCUUUCAAAAAUCUGAGGAUAUAGGAUUUAUUCACUCCCACCAUUGCAGAGCGAAUUGUACGCCGAUAGAUUCACCUGCUCAGCUUAGAACAGAUUCACUGGCUGAUCAGCCUAAUACAGAUUCAUCUGCUCAGAAUAAUAUAGAUUCACCUGCUCAGCCUAAUAAUGUUUGUUUAUCAGAUGUUUGUUUUAAAGCCCAAAAGAGAGGUACAUCCAACGAAAAAAUCAAUGAGUUGCUUAAAACAAUUAUCGAUAGGAGGAGAUCUAGAGGUUUUGUGUUGACGAAGGUGCUUGAUCUAGAAGGUGCCCACAAACCUUUGCUACACGCGAAACUUGGCAAGUUUUUGAGCAACUUAAGGUACAUAAGCUUGCGAUGGACGGGUAUAGACUCAUGUCCGAAGUCUAUUGGCGAUCUACCGUGCCUGGAGACUUUAGAUUUGAAGUAUACUAACAUAACCAAUCUGUCGAGUUCCAUUUGGAAGGCGAAGAACCUUCGACAUCUGCUUAUGAACGAGGUGUCCAUUCCAUCAUUUUCAGUUAUUACAUUGUUUUAG